GCUCAAGGUCUGUCUCUCGGUACCCUUUGCUAGUCGAGCUAGCUGAAGAAUCGAAUACCGUCAAAGGCCAACCACCAAUAGUUCAGCCUGUUCUUCAUUGGCGAGCCGGACCAAGCCAUGGACGACGCACAAGACUUGUUUGGGAGCAAGACUGCCGUGAACUUCCUGAAAGGGGAGAAACGUUGCGAGGGCCAGACGCCGGAGUUAGGAGAUAGUGGCUGUCCUUUUGCCCAAUGUCGACUUCGUGCCUUGUCAGCAGUGCACUUCAAGAGGAGCAGGGACAGGAGAUCAAUGCACAAAUAAUGGCAAUGACCCAGACCGGACAAGCACAGAGGAGCAUUUCCAGAUUCAUUUGUCAAGAUUGCCUGUGCCUGAUAAGCCAAGAUGACUGCAGUGACGCACCCAGAAUACAACAAGGAUACCGAAGCCUUGGACGUUGCGAAAGCAUUCCCUGAAGCUAUUCGAGGCAAAACCAUCCUCGUCACUGGAGUGAACCGCAAAGGCAUUGGCUUUACCACUGCCCAAGCUUUCGCUUCUCAGUCUCCAGCUCAUCUUGUCAUCGCUGGCCGCAAUAUCUCUAAGCUUGAGGAGUGUCUCAAUGAGCUCAAACAACAAUGGCCGGAUGUCGACUAUCGUCUGCUGCUACUCGACCUGUCCAGUCAGAAAGCUGUUCGUUCAGCAGCCAAGGAAGUCCUCUCGUGGAGCGAUGUGCCAGAUAUCAAUGUUGUGGUGAACAACGCUGCCAUCGGUGGCGUACCGGAGCGCAUCAUCAACGAAGACGGGAUUGAGCUUAAUUUCGCCACAAACCAUAUCGGACACUUCCUGUUCACUUGCCUCAUCAUGCCAAAGCUCCUUGAAUCAGCGAAGACCAAUCCACAAGGAGCAACACGUGUGGUCAAUGUCAGUUCCGGUGCAGCUGAGUACAAUGGCAUUCGAUGGACCGACGUCAAUUUCGACAAGAAGUCCACUGAUCUUCCGGAGGAAGAACGCCCGAACUACACGAUCCUCAAGCUGUGGGGAAUCCACAAUGGGCCAGAUAUGUCUUACAUCCCGUUGGAGGCAUAUAUCCAGAGUAAAGCGGCGAAUGUACUUUUUGGUAUAGGACUUACAAAAAGGUUGCACGAAACCUAUGGCAUAUUGAGUGUUGGCGUCCACCCUGGGGUGAUCGCAACAGAGCUGUCGAGGAAUUCGUCGAAAGAACAGAGGGACGCUAUUGCAGCGAGAGCUGAGAGAGGGGAGUUCACCUACAAAACACUUGGUGCAGGGGCUGCCACAAGCCUGGUUGCUGCGGUGGAUCCCAGACUUGGCCCCAGCGAGAUCAGAGACGGCAAAGGGGGAUGGGGUGCAUAUCUCAAGGACUGUCAAAUCUCGCACGAUGGGCAUCCUCGAGCAAUAUCUGGCGAAGAGGCUGACAAGCUGUGGAAGCUGUCGGAAGACCUUGUCGGGGAAACAUUUUCCUGGUGA